AUGGGAGCUGGGCGCAAGCUCAAAAGGCUUAGGAUUAACCAGAGGUGGGCUGACAAACAGUACAAGAAGUCUCAUCAGGGUAACGAAUGGAAGAAACCUUUUGCUGGUUCUUCCCACGCCAAGGGUAUCGUUCUUGAGAAAAUUGGUAUUGAAGCUAAGCAGCCUAACUCUGCUAUCCGUAAGUGUGCUAGAGUCCAGCUUAUCAAGAAUGGAAAGAAGAUUGCUGCUUUUGUCCCCAACGAUGGUUGCUUGAACUACAUUGAGGAAAAUGACGAGGUGUUGAUUGCUGGAUUUGGACGUAAAGGUCAUGCUGUGGGAGAUAUUCCCGGAGUUAGGUUCAAGGUCGUCAAAGUUUCUGGUGUUUCACUUUUGGCCCUCUUCAAGGAGAAGAAGGAGAAACCAAGAUCUUGAAUAUUUCUUUUGAUGAAGCUUUUUCCUUUUUGUAGUUCAUUUCCGAAGAACUCUUCUGUUCUAUUCUCUACUUUAAGAAACUUUGAGUCUUUGAGUUUAGUUUUGGGCGUUAUUUAUUAUGCUUAAUGAACGCUGUCAAUCCAUAAGAUAUGUAUGACUUACUCUAUCUCGUUUCAUUACAAGAAUGUUAGCAAAAUCCCUGAAACACUUUGAAUUUGAACUGAUGCAGACAAAUUUGUUAUAUCGUAGCUCAUACUUCGAAGAAGCUGCCUUUGGCUUUAGAGGAAACAUACUUCGAAGGGAAAAAGGUCCUAAAAUGUUGUAUUUCCGGGAGCUGCUCAAGGCAGUCUUUGCAACCUUAUUCACCUCAUGAGUUACAGAGUAGUACAUCAUGAGAGGUGAAGAUGCAAGAACAUAAACUUCAUUCCUGCUUAAGAACAACGAAGCUUGAUCAGUACUUCAUGUACAUAUUUGACUUUGAUUUUACGCAUUCUGAAACAUGAAUAAUAUAUCCGAUGAGUAACCUUAUCAACAAUUUUUUUAGUGAAGAUGCAAGAACAUAAUCUUCAUGAACUUGACGAUAAGCUAUCCAAGUGAGAGAAGAAGCUGCCUUUAGAACACUCGGCAUGGUGGUGGUCUGCAUAAGAUGCUUCCACGGAAACAAAUCUGGUUCAGUCAUUGUUUUCUAACUCCACAAACAGAAAACAAGAAACGCACAACAUCACUGAGUUCUAACUCCACAAGCAAGCAAACAUACAAAACAAAAAACAAAUGAUACAUGAAAACAAGAGAACAAACAAACAAGCAAACACAGGUAACAAGUAAACACACAAACAUACAACAAAUGAUACAUGAAAACAAGAGAACAAACAAACAAGCAAACACACAAACAAG